CAUUACGAAAUAACUUCCGGUCAGCUGAUAGUGUGUCAUCGGUGUUUGCAAACAAAUCUACUGUGGCUUCAUGCUUGCACCGUCCACUGACACCACACACCGCCGCGGUCAUGGGAGAGAAUGAUGAAAGAGAAAUAAUCGAGCACCACGAUGACGAGGAGAUGGAGAAGAUGCGGACGCCGAGGAAUCAUUCGCAAUCCUUUCUGGAGAGCGUCGCGUCGUCGGAGAAGGACGGAUACAGUAGCACGCAGUCAUCACACCGCCUGCUCGCCUACAGCGAUGCGCUCAUCUCCAUCAUCGCCACUGUAAUGAUAUUGCCUGUUGCGCAUACAAAAUUUCAGGAUAAUGAGGAACUGAAACAGAGUAUUCAGGCUUUGCUCACCACCAAGGUUGCUGUCUACUUGAUGACUUUUUUGAUUGUCACUGUUGCUUGGGCUGCACAUAUCCGGUUGUUUCAAGUCAUUGAGCGAAUUGACGACACUCUUGCACUGCUUAACCUGGCAUGUAUGAUGCUUAUAACCUUUCUACCAUACACAUUCUCUCUCAUGGCAACAUUCCCUAAUAAUACCCUCGGCGUCCUCCUCUUCUGUGCUUGUGUCAUGGUGAUUGGUUUAAUUCAGGCCUUGAUUGUCUUGUAUGGAUUCAGCCGUCCUUUCCUUCUCAAUGAUCAGAUCCAAAUGUCUGAGAAUCAGGCUUAUUAUAAGAGACGGAUACUUGAAGUCAUCAUGAGGGUUCCUAUCAUGUGCCUGUUUGCCAGCGUCUUUUCAGCCAUCUUUAUCCAAGUGUCCUACAUUAUUUUGGCUAUUGUCAUAUUCCUGCCAUACAUCGCUCAGUGUUUAAAAUGGAUCCGGAGUAAAGCCAUCGGUGGUCAGGUGGAAGACAGUCCAGAUUCGGUGCCCUUCUACACCUACCAUCCCAGUGAACCUUUGAGUAAAGAGCGAGUGGAGGCCUUCAGUGAUGGGGUGUAUGCAAUCGUAGCCACGCUGCUCAUCUUAGACAUUUGUGAAGACAACGUGCCUGAUCCGUCUGUGGUGAAGAAGGAGUUUGACAACAACCUCGUCGCUGCGCUUCAGGAGUACGGUCCCGAGUACCUGGCCUACUUCGGUUCCUUCACCACCAUCGGCCUGCUUUGGUUCGUUCAUCACUCUCUCUUCCUGCAUGUGACAAAGGCCACGCGCCUCAUGGGCCUCUUCAACACGUUCUCCCUGGCCUUCGUUGGCGGCCUGCCGCUCGCCUACCAGCUCACGCAUGAAUUUCCCAGAGGCUCCCGCAAUGAGCUGGAGGCCGUGCAGAUCAGCUGCGUCAUCAUCUUCUUCGCCGGUCUGUUCCAGCUAGCCAUGUGGGUAACGGCACUUUUCACGGAACGCGAGACUUUGCACCCGUAUGUGCGCUACGGUGGACGAGAGCACGCCUUUAUGUUGGCCAAGCUCUCGCUCUACCCCUGCGUGGCCCUCGGGACCUUCGUUUUCACCUGCGUCCUGAGCCGCUUCAGCACGUCCAUCUUUCACAUGAUGGAGAUUGGCGUACCGUUUGCUUUUCUUGUACUGAGGCUGCUGGUCCGUGUGGCACUGGUGCUGCUCAGGUGGCUCUUCUGUCCUGCGAGGAACGAUUUGGACAGUGUUCCAGUAGAGGAAGAGGACUCACAGCUGCCCAUUCAUGAUAUAGUGACUUAGCAGUGAACGGAGAAGAAAACGCCUCAACGUUUAACCUAAAAUCAAGGUUAGGCUAGAUUCUCGGCGCUUUUGUUUAUAAUUAAUACUGCAGCAGAUAGCUUUGCGCUGUAGAAGACGUCCAUAUCGGUCAAAUCUCUCAUUUAGUUUAAUAGACUGUGGAAGUGAUUGAUGAGGUCUUCAUCAUGAUGAGUCUUCAGUGUCAUAGCAGUGGUCCGAGGAGAGCCCAAGAGCUUUUUUCCUCCUUACAGAAAUGCACAAAAAUGGUUUUAAGCCUUGGAUUUAUUAGCAUGUUAAAACGAUGUCUCAAUGUUUUUAUGUUUAUAUUUUACUGUGAAUUAAAUUACAUAGAGGUUUUCACUUCAUUCAAUCAGUAAGAACUACAAAAGUGUUUUAGGUUAUGUUCAGUUAUGUGGGUUUUAGUAUUACAAUUAUAUUCUUGGUAUUUUUUUUAUUUUAAUUAAUUAUUUUGCACUUUGUCAUUCGUGCUUUUGAUCUGUAGCUGCAAUUCAGGUCUUUAUAUUUUCUGUUGGAGGAAAUCUUUCAUGUAACCGCAGAAAUGUCCAAAACCACAUGCAUUAGGUGAAUGCUCUGUCAAUGUGUUUGUAUAAAUCUACUCUUCAUUUCACCUGACAAUGAAACUAGUGAUGCACCUUAGAAUAAAUAAUGUCACUGUUGCACUUACAGUCUGAUCUGAAUGGAGCAUGUAGAGAUAAUGAUAAAAUGCAUAAGCCAUUAUAAGAGGUGUUUUGUUUUCGUGGCAUUUGAGAUUGUUUUGUUAGUAUUUCAUCUAAAUGUUAUUACCAUACUGACUGUAAGAUGUUGUAUGUAAAGUGUACUUGUCAAACAUUUUAAUUUCUUGAUUUUUUUAUUACCCUCACAUUAUCAGUCUGUUAGGAGUCUGCUUUGGUUUUGGGAACCACUAUAGCUGUGUCAGUCCAAAUGUUACCGUUUAACUACAAACAAAGAUACACUUUUGAUAAUAAACUCAAGUGCUGCUUGCAGAAGUACUGCAAUUUUGGUGGAAGACUGAAAUCAUGUAAUGAAUGUGACCACACUGAGCGGAAGUCAAAAGUGAAGUUUAUUCACCAAGUGUAGCAUUGCAAUAAUAACAAUAAUGAUAAUAAUAAUUCUUACUUUUUCCCCCAGUAUUGCCCAUAACUUAUUACUUUCUUUGUCUUCUGGUAAAUAUUUACUACUGAAAAUUUUUAUUAAAAAACAAAAUCCGAAAAUCAAACCGACAUAAAUACAGGUUCCCAUUUUUUAAAACAACAAAUAACAAACCAUUAUGAGCAAGUAAUUUGCAAUCCAUUUUCAGCUAAACUUCUGAACAGUAUAAGCUUGCACAAUAUUAUAUGUUGGGUAACAUAACUUAAAUUGUACAGCAGCUCUCAAAAACUAAAUUGCUAAUACAACUGUGACAUCCACAAAAUAAGCUAUAAACAACUGGAGGUGCAUUCUCUUUUUGGUCUGAUAGGAUUCAUAUUACUACUAUCACAACAUUCUCACAUGACUGCAUCUACUGGACAGCAGAUGUGAAGGAAAGGAACAUGUAACCUAUUGCAGACAGGAAUGAAUAAGGUAAGGGGUCACACUUGCCUUUUUUUUUUAUUUUUUUUUUAGGUUUUACAAUACACCCAUCGACAAGUCCCGAUGUGUAAUUAGGGCGAAGGUCACAGGUUAUUACAAAUCCACUUUUAACUAAAAGCCUAAAAAGUGUGAUGAUAACCUCUAGUAAUGUUACUUUUGUUCAUGUAAGUGCCUAAAUAAAUAUCUAAUUUGUUCAAGGAUUGUUCUCUACUGUAAGAUUGUAGCAUUUGACAAUGUUAAUUGCGGUGUGAGAUUUAGUUUGUUUUUUCACAGCAAAAUUGACAGUGCUUUGGUACACAUUUGUUUGGUAAAGAAUUCAGUAAGAUUUCAACAAAUUAAAAUAAAAAGCAAGGUUUUUAAAAACAAGAGCAGCUAAAAACAGUAUUUCAGGGAGGAUACUAUAAAAAUGAAAUAUAAUUAAAAAAACAAAUCUAAUAACAUGUUUACAUAUUUUCAAAUAUUGGAUAUCUACUCAAAGCACCAGUGUUUUUUGAUAUUAAAUCCUGAAAAGCGAAUUGAAUCUUUCAACUCAUGUAGUUACAGUGCAACUAAAACCAAUGGUCACGGAGGGGAACACCGCAAAUCAUCACCUUCUCAAAAAGGCUGUUUCUCUCCCCGAAAACAACCUGCUCAAGUUAUUCUCCACCCCUAGAGAGGUUUAAUCAUGCUAGAUUUAAGAAAAUAAGACAAAUCUAGGUCUUUUUGCAUAUUUUCAUAACUUACUAUUUUAUAGAAUUUGUUAAGCCUUAUAUAUUAUAUUCAUAAAUGUAUAAUCUCGCUCUAUAUAUGAUCUAGUGUAUAAUAUCUAUGUGCAAUAAUACAUAUGAUGAUAUGUACACACACGUGAGUUAAUUUAGCGCUCACACAAACACACUGUGUAAUGGGAAAGGGAACAUGGCUAUUUUAAGCAGUAACAGUAGGACUUACAGACAUGCUUCUGUUUUAGAUUCACUGUUUUGUAAUGCUUUGAGUUUAGGACCCCCGUUAUAAAUUAAGCUCACAUUUAAAUGUUAACCAUGAGUAUUAUGGCAUCUCAAAAACCUAAAGUCACCACCAUGAGUUGUUGAUUUUGCAAACCAGGCCAGAAUCCCAAAAUCAGUACAAUGAUGUCACUCUGCUGAAACCCCCUUCCUGUAGUGCUAUACAUUCACUUACCAUGUGCUUGGAUCUUUUAUUUUGCAUGGUUGUUGAUUGGAAGACCUUUGAUGCUAAGAGAACCGUCUCGCCCCCUUGUGGUCAUUUUGCUCCUUCAUUUGGUGAGUUUCUAAUGGGUUAAAAGUGAGAGUUUGGUUUGCAGUGGGUGUCACUCUCUCUCACUGAAAGGGAGCUCCUGUGGUCGGUUGGGAGUGUGCUGUGCAGUCACAGUCAUGGGUGGAUGCUUACGGAGUUCAACAGGACAUGAGCUGGAGACGUCUGUCAUUGGGCUUCCUCCACAGCAGGGGGCAGCAUGCCCUGUUCUUGUAAGUGGUUGCGCAGCGUAUUGAAGAUGCUGAGUUGCUGCUCUGGUUGCAGGACAAGCAACUGCUGUAAAACCUUACUGGGGUUCGGCCCCCUG